CCAUUUUAUGCAUUUUACAGCCCCUUCCGAACCAGAUCAAAUACAUUCGAGUUGAGGCACCGCCUCACCGAUACAAUACGGAGUUGGCAGUGAAAAUUGUACGUGGAGGAAUAGGGCAACUGUACGUGACGAUCGAGAUCAAAGAUCUUAAAAGAUCGUUCAUAAUAGGAAGCAAUGUGGAAGUGAUUGUGAAAUGUGCUCCAACUCCUACAACUGUAACUAUGCAGACAACAUCGACCACUCAGUCGACCAGCGCUUCUUCUACGACGUCUGGUACUACCAGUGUAACAACAGCUUCUUCUACUCUGACAACAACGCAAUCAUCGACUGCUUCAUCAACGACUGAAUCUUCUACUCCUUCAACAUCGUCCACAACUGAGUCGACUACUACAACUUCUGUAACUCCUGACAGCUCUACACCAUCGUCCACAACUGAGUCGACUUCUACGAUUGCUGUAACUCCUGACAGCUCUUCAACUGAAUCUUCUACUCCUUCAACAUCGUCCACAACUGAGUCGACUUCUUCGACUGCUGUAACUCCUGACAGCUCUACACCAUUGUCCACAACUGAGUCGACUUCUACGACUGCUGUAACUCCUGACAGCUCUUCAACUGAAUCUUCUACUCCUUCAACAUCGUCCACAACUGAGUCGACUACUACAACUUCUGUAACUCCUGACAGCUCUACACCAUCGUCCACAACUGAGUUGACGCCUUCGACCGCUAUAACUCCUGACAGCUCUACACCAUCGUCCACAACUGAGUCGACUUCUACGAUUGCUGUAACUCCUGACAGCUCUUCAACUGAAUCUUCUACUCCUUCAACAUCGUCCACAACUGAGUCGACUUCUUCGACUGCUGUAACUCCUGACAGCUCUACACCAUUGUCCACGACUGAGUCGACUUCUACGACUGCUGUAACUCCUGACAGCUCUUCAACUGAAUCUUCUACUCCUUCAACAUCGUCCACAACUGAGUCGACUACUACAACUUCUGUAACUCCUGACAGCUCUACACCAUCGUCCACAACUGAGUUGACGUCUUCGACCGCUAUAACUCCUGACAGCUCUACACCAUCGUCCACAACUGAGUCGACUUCUACGAUUGCUGUAACUCCUGACAGCUCUUCAACUGAAUCUUCUACUCCUUCAACAUCGUCCACAACUGAGUCGACUUCUUCGAAUGCUGUAACUCCUGACAGCUCUACACCAUUGUCCACGACUGAGUCGACUUCUACGACUGCUGUAACUCCUGACAGCUCUUCAACUGAAUCUUCUACUCCUUCAACAUCGUCCACAACUGAGUCGACUACUACAACUUCUGUAACUCCUGACAGCUCUACACCAUCGUCCACAACUGAGUUGACGCCUUCGACCGCUAUAACUCCUGACAGCUCUACACCAUCGUCCACAACUGAGUCGACUUCUACGAUUGCUGUAACUCCUGACAGCUCUUCAACUGAAUCUUCUACUCCUUCAACAUCGUCCACAACUGAGUCGACUUCUUCGACUGCUGUAACUUCUGACAGCUCUACACCAUUGUCCACGACUGAGUCGACUUCUACGACUGCUGUAACUCCUGACAGCUCUUCAACUGAAUCUUCUACUCCUUCAACAUCGUCCACAACUGAGUCGACUACUACAACUUCUGUAACUCCUGACAGCUCUACACCAUCGUCCACAACUGAGUUGACGUCUUCGACCGCUAUAACUCCUGACAGCUCUACACCAUCGUCCACAACUGAGUCGACUUCUACGAUUGCUGUAACUCCUGACAGCUCUUCAACUGAAUCUUCUACUCCUUCAACAUCGUCCACAACUGAGUCGACUUCUUCGAAUGCUGUAACUCCUGACAGCUCUACACCAUUGUCCACGACUGAGUCGACUUCUACGACUGCUGUAACUCCUGACAGCUCUUCAACUGAAUCUUCUACUCCUUCAACAUCGUCCACAACUGAGUCGACUACUACAACUUCUGUAACUCCUGACAGCUCUACACCAUCGUCCACAACUGAGUUGACGCCUUCGACCGCUAUAACUCCUGACAGCUCUACACCAUCGUCCACAACUGAGUCGACUUCUACGAUUGCUGUAACUCCUGACAGCUCUUCAACUGAAUCUUCUACUCCUUCAACAUCGUCCACAACUGAGUUGACUUCUUUGACUGAUAUAACUCCUGACAGCUCUACACCAUUGUCCACAACUGAGUCGACUUCUACGACUGCUGUAACUCCUGACAGCUCUUCAACUGAAUCUUCUACUCCUUCAACAUCGUCCACAACUGAGUCGACUACUACAACUUCUGUAACUCCUGUCAGCUCUACACCAUCGUCCUCAACUGAGUCGACUUCUACGACUGCUGUAACUCCUGUCAGCUCUACACCAUUGUCCACAACUGAGUCAACUUCUACGACUGCUGUAACUCCUGACAGCUCUUCAACUGAAUCUUCUACUCCUUCAACAUCGUCCACAACUGAGUCGACUUCUUCGACUGCUGUAACUCCUGUCAGCUCUACACCAUCGUCCUCAACUGAGUCGACUUCUACGACUGCUGUAACUCCUGUCAGCUCUACACCAUUGUCCACAACUGAGUCAACUUCUACGACUGCUGUAACUCCUAACAGCUCUUCAACUGAAUCUUCUACUCCUUCAACAUCGUCCACAACUGAGUCGACUUCUUUGACUGAUAUAACUCCUGACAGCUCUACAACAUCGUCCACAACUCAGUCGACUUCUACGACUGCUGUAACUCCUGACAGCUCUUCAACUGAAUCUUCUACUCCUUCAACAUCGUCCACAACUGAGUCGACUACUACAAUUGCUGUAACUCCUGUCAGCUCUACACCAUCGUCCUCAACUGAGUCGACUUCUACGACUGCUGUAACUCCUGUCAGCUCUACACCAUUGUCCACAACUGAGUCGACUUCUACGACUGCUGUAACUCCUAACAGCUCUUCUACUGAAUCUUCUACUCCUUCAACAUCGUCCACAACUGAGUCGACUUCUUCGACUGCUGUAACUCCUGACAGCUCUACACCAUUGUCCACAACUGAGUCGACUUCUACGACUGCUGUAACUCCUGACAGCUCUUCAACUGAAUCUUCUACUCCUUCAACAUCGUCCACAACUGAGUCGACUUCUUCGACUGCUGUAACUCCUGUCAGCUCUACACCAUCGUCCUCAACUGAGUCGACUUCUACGACUGCUGUAACUCCUGUCAGCUCUACACCAUUGUCCACAACUGAGUCAACUUCUACGACUGCUGUAACUCCUGACAGCUCUUCAACUGAAUCUUCUACUCCUUCAACAUCGUCCACAACUGAGUCGACUUCUUUGACUGAUAUAACUCCUGACAGCUCUACAACAUCGUCCACAACUCAGUCGACUUCUACGACUGCUGUAACUCCUGACAGCUCUUCAACUGAAUCUUCUACUCCUUCAACAUCGUCCACAACUGAGUCGACUACUACAACUUCUGUAACUCCUGUCAGCUCUACACCAUCGUCCUCAACUGAGUCGACUUCUACGACUGCUGUAACUCCUGUCAGCUCUACACCAUUGUCCACAACUGAGUCGACUUCUACGACUGCUGUAACUCCUGACAGCUCUUCAACUGAAUCUUCUACUCCUUCAACAUCGUCCACAACUGAGUCGACUUCUUCGACUGCUGUAACUCCUGUCAGCUCUACACCAUUGUCCACAACUGAGUCGACUUCUACGACUGCUGUAACUCCUAACAGCUCUUCAACUGAAUCUUCUACUCCUUCAACAUCGUCCACAACUGAGUCGACUUCUUCGACUGCUGUAACUCCUGACAGCUCUACACCAUUGUCCACAACUGAGUCGACUUCUACGACUGCUGUAACUCCUGACAGCUCUUCAACUGAAUCUUCUACUCCUUCAACAUCGUCCACAACUGAGUUGACUACUACAACUUCUGUAACUCCUGACAGCUCUACACCAUUGUCCACAACUGAGUCGACUUCUUCGACUGAUAUAACUCCUGACAGUUCUACACCAUCGUCCACAACUGAGUCGACUUCUACGAUUGCUGUAACUCCUGACAGCUCUUCAACUGAAUCUUCUACUCCUUCAACAUCGUCCACAACUGAGUCGACUUCUUUGACUGAUAUAACUCCUGACAGCUCUACAACAUCGUCCACAACUCAGUCGACUUCUACGACUGCUGUAACUCCUGACAGCUCUUCAACUGAAUCUUCUACUCCUUCAACAUCGUCCACAACUGAGUCGACUACUACAAUUGCUGUAACUCCUGUCAGCUCUACACCAUCGUCCUCAACUGAGUCGACUUCUACGACUGCUGUAACUCCUGUCAGCUCUACACCAUUGUCCACAACUGAGUCGACUUCUACGACUGCUGUAACUCCUGACAGCUCUUCAACUGAAUCUUCUACUCCUUCAACAUCGUCCACAACUGAGUCGACUACUACAACUUCUGUAACUCCUGUCAGCUCUACACCAUCGUCCUCAACUGAGUCGACUUCUACGACUGCUGUAACUCCUGUCAGCUCUACACCAUUGUCCACAACUGAGUCAACUUCUACGACUGCUGUAACUCCUGACAGCUCUACACCAUUGUCCACAACUGAGUCGACUUCUACGACUGCUAUAACUCCUGACAGCUCUUCAACUGAAUCUUCUACUCUUUCAACAUCGUCCACAACUCAGUCGACCACUACUUCUUCAACAACUCCUGCCACCACCAGCUCUACUGCUAGUUCUACUGUAAUGCCGACAACGUCUUCAACUGGGUUGAUAGUAACCGUAUCAACAACACCUGCUACUAGCAGCUCUACAGCAGCUACUUCUUCACCUGCAACACCAUCCACAACUGAGUCAACUACUACAACUGCUACAACGCCUGUCUCUAGUAGUUCGACAAUAGCUCCUUCGACUCCUUUAUCAUCGUCCACAACUCAGUCGACCACUACUUCUUCAACAACUCCUGCCACCACCAGCUCUACUGCAAGUUCUACUGUAAUGCCGACAACGUCUACAACUGGGUUGAUAGUAACCGUAUCAACAACACCUGCUACUAGCAGCUCUACAGCAGCUACUUCUUCACCUGCAACACCAUCCACAACUGAGUCAACUACUACAACUGCUACAACGCCUGUCUCUAGUAGUUCGACAAUAGCUCCUUCGACUCCUUUAUCAUCGUCCACAACUCAGUCGACCACUACUUCUUCAACAACUCCUGCCACCACCAGCUCUACUGCAAGUUCUACUGUAAUGCCGACAACGUCUACAACUGGGUUGAUAGUAACCGUAUCAACAACACCUGCUACUAGCAGCUCUACAGCAGCUACUUCUUCACCUGCAACACCAUCCACAACUGAGUCAACUACUACAACUGCUACAACGCCUGUCUCUAGUAGUUCGACAAUAGCUCCUUCGACUCCUUUAUCAUCGUCCACAACUCAGUCGACCACUACUUCUUCAACAACUCCUGCCACCACCAGCUCUACUGCUAGUUCUACUGUAAUGCCGACAACGUCUACAACUGGGUUGAUAGUAACCGUAUCAACAACACCUGCUACUAGCAGCUCUACAGCAGCUACUUCUUCACCUGCAACACCAUCCACAACUGAGUCAACUACUACAACUGCUACAACGCCUGUCUCUAGUAGUUCUACAACAGCUCCUUCGACUUCUUUAUCAUCGUCCACAACUGAGUUGACCACUGCUUCUUCAACAACUACUGCCACAACCAGCUCAACUGCUAGUUCUACUGUAAUGCCCACAACGUCUACAACUGGGUUGAUAGUAACCGUAUCAACAACACCUGCUACUAGCAGCUCUACAGCAGCUACUUCUUCACCUGCAACAUCGGCCACAACUGAGUCGACCCCUACGACUGCUGUAACUUCUGUCAGCUCUACAACUGAAUCUUCUACUUUAUCGACGUCAUCCACAACAAAGUCGUCUACAUCUUCUUCUAUAGAUCCUUCCACUACAAGCUCUACAACAGUUUCGUCUACUCCUUCAACAUCAUCCACAACUGAGUCGACCACUACGACUGCUUCUAUCAGCUCUACAGAAGAUGCUUCUACUUUGUCGACAUCAGCCACAACUGAGUCGACCUCUGCCUCUUCUACAACUUCUGAAUCCACCAGCUUAACUGCUAGUUCUACUGAUAUGCCAACUGCAUCCACCACUCCAGUUCCAACUACACCUAGUUCUACCAUUAGCCUCACACAAUUUCCUACAAGUUCAACGCCUGAAUCCAAUACUUUUACCUCUGACUCCACGUCUACAUCCAGAGCUACCGAAACCACUUCAUCGUUGGCUCCGAUGUUUAACAGCUCAUCAACCGCUGCAAUGUCCUCUGCCUCCGUAACAACAAUAUCCACAUCAACACCAUCCACCACACAAUCAUUUUCAACGAGACCAACAAUUACGCUAUUUCCCACCGUAACCCGUUUCCCGUCGACCACCGCACGUGCUGGCACCAGCACCAACAAAUGGCAGGCCAUCGCUACUUCCCCGAAUACGCUUAUUACAACUAGAGGCAGUUACAUUUCUUAUCCAGAGCUUGUGUUCGGCUACAAACUAACGCGAACAGGUCAAACCCAUUCGGAGGGGUUUGCGACCCCGAAAAAAAUCUCUGAUCAGCUUCAGCUUGCAUACAAAAAGGCACGAAAGUUUUUCUUCUCACAUUCAUACUAGUUUCACAAGCAUUUUCUUCUUUUAUGAUCGUGGAUAAAUAAAGUAAACCAUUAGCAAACAUCACUCAU